CCAGCAGCCUGGAGAGAGACCCUGUCUCAAAUGCAUACAUAAACAAACAAACUCAGGCUGAGAACCACAGGACCAAGCAGGUGAAGUGAGAGAGGCCUGCGGUUCCAAGACUAAUUGAUUUUUACAGCCACGCUUGGGGGCCCAGGGACACUGUGCGUGGUGAAGUGCUCUGCACGUGUUACAGUUUCGUGGUUGUGUGGGAGCACAUCUCCCUGAGAAAGAGCUUUGAAGCCUAACUUUCCAGGGGCCACCAGCGUCGCGGAAGCUUCCAAUUGCAGAUAUCUAGGGCUGCGUGCCUCGGCCUCGCCGCGCUGACCUCCUCUCCCGUUCUCUUUUCCAGGCUGUGGACGCUGAGCAGCGGCUGCCGGGCUCCGCACGCCCUCGCCCGUGGGGGGCCGCGUGGAAACAGGGGAUGGGCGCGGCCGCCGGCAGGACAUGAGCCCGAGCGCACGGUGAGGACGGAGCCGCGGGAUUCACUCAGAGGGCAGCCUCGUGGAUGGCCCCGAAGCAAGCCUAAUGGAACAGGACAGAAGCAGCCAUGUGGCGGGCAGCACACUCAGUUCAUUCCUGAUCCCAACGACAGCUCCUGCCUGCCAGCUCGAGCCCCUGGCAGCCAAGCUGCAGAACGGAAGUCCGGUCCCCGAGCGGCCUCACCCUGAGGUGAACGGGGACACCAGGUGGCCGACCCUCAAGAGCUGGUCUGGGGUCUCCCCCAGCGGCCACGCCAGUCCUGACUUCCUCCACGAGGGCAGAGGCUUUUCCAGGUGUCUGGAAAAUGGGAGCAUAAAACGCACAGUGAGUGAACCAUCUCUCUCUGGGCUCCAUCAAAACAAGAAACUGAGACAAGACCAAAAGGCCAACGGAGAAAGAAAGAGCCUCGGGGAAAGCCAAGAAAGAAAUCCAGCGGGAAGCAGCAGCCAACCACAGGCCUCCCAUGUGAAUGAGAACAGAGAAUCCGUGAGCUCCGAAGCCCUAGAAAAUGCAUCUGAAGAUCUCGCCACUUUUCUAACACAGGACUGCAAUGGGUUGGAAAACCCAGAGCAUCCGGUUCUGAGUGAGCAGGAGCAGAACGAUGCUAAGUACCAAGACGAGAACAUUGAGUUACUUCUGAAGAACAAGGCAGCGCUCAUACCUAAUGGUGCUACAGAUUCUGCCUCUUCCCUGGAAAAUGCACACAGUGAACUCCUGGAAAAAACACUGUCCCAAUGCGAUCCAGCUUGUGUUUCCACUGCAGUGCAGAAAACCACAUCUCACAGCAAUGCCAUCGACGGCCAGACUUCUCCCGAGCCGUCCUGUGAGGUCACUCACCCAUCGCAUACCUCAGGGCAGAUCAAGGGCCCACACCCCUCGGGCUCUGAGCUGCCCCCAGAGCCAGCUGCGGUGGGGACCGAGGCCUGUGACACGGGUCAUGCCAGGCCGCCAGCUGCGGUGCCAGAUACCUGUCCCCUCCAGAGGCCGGCACAGCUGCAGCCACAAGAGCCAGCACUGGAGAUCUGUCUGCGUCCUGCGCACACCUGUGAUACGCACGGGAACACGGUGCUGGUGUCUGUGAAGGGGCUGUGUGCAGGCUCCAGCAGCAACUUGCAAGCUGCUGGCAGCAGCUCUGAACAGUAUUCACAGCAAAACGAAACGAAUGGUGCUUACUUCAAGCAAAGCUCAAUGUUCCCUAAGGAUUCUUUCUCUGCCACUACCACAUCUCAUCCGCUGCAGUUGCUUCUUCCUCCCCCUCCUCCUCUGCCUCCUCCUCCUCCUUCCACAGGAAAAGCUGCUCUGCAGGAUGUGGCUUUGGAAGAUCACCACCAGUCCCCCAACCAAAGCAACGUAACUCUCCUAAGCGAAGUGAAAACAGAAGCUCGACCUGAGGCUCCACCAUCCCGGAGUCCCAAUCCUUCGCUUCAGGAGUCCAACCCCAGCCUGGGGCUUGCAGAGGGGCCUCAGAGUAAUGGUGUCCAUCAGAAUGGCGUAGCCAUGCCAGGGCCUGUGCUCCUGUGUGCUGAGAAAGCAAAGCCAACCCCAGACCAUCUAGACCGUCUCAAGCACAAGCUGCCAGUCCUUGCUCGUGGCAGAGAGGUGCAGGACCCCUGCCCAGCACAGCUAGGACACCAAGAGCCGGAGAUUCUGCAGAAUCAAGACCAGCAACAGACUCAAAGUCUUGCACUCCCAGCCCAGCACUAUGUGAAACCGGGAUGGAUUGAGUUGAAGGCCCCUCAUUUUCAUCAAGGUGAACAUCAUCCAAAAUGCAAGGAGCCAUCCCUGUGCUCCACGCGUCAGUAUCAGCCCACACCUGCUAUGCAGAUGACCUCCAGACCGUACACUGGAAACUCCACCAUGCCCGGGGGGCUCUCAAGGCCAGCUUAUGCCCCACAGGCAGCGCCAGCGCAGCAGAAGUCCCAGGUGUUCCCCGGUGACACAAAUCACGGGCAGCUGCAAGGUACGGUGGACCAGCAUCUCCAGUUCCCCCUCCUCUCCUCCCAGGGCCGCAUCUCCAAGACAGAGCCCCUGCCUGAAACCUGUGUGCAGGCGCUGUGCACCCCUCGAUAUCAUUUCCAGCAAGUUGCAGAUCCCCAAGCUGAGAGACUCCAGUCCCCAGUGGGAAAACAGCACUUGAAUAUUCAGGCUUCAGCGCCGGAGCCGCUUUCUAACUCGCACCUUUUGCAACACAAGCCCCCUAAGCAGGCAGCACAAACACAACCACCCCAAAGUCCACAAUUUCCUCAAAACCAGCAGCAGCAGCAGCAGCAGCAGCAGCAGCAGCAAUUACAAAUGAAGACUAAAGAACAAAUGCCUCAGACUUUUGCUCAUCCCCAAGCUAACAAUGAUCUGCAAGGAGAAAGGUCAUUCUUUGGCCACAUUAAAGUGGAAGAAUGCUUCAGUGGGGAAAGUCAGUAUUCAAAAUCAAGUGAGUUCCAAACUCAGAACACCCAAACAGGACUGGAGCAAGGACAGAAUGUGAGUAGUAGAAAUUCCCCUUACGAGCAGGUCUUGAAAUCGAGUCCAAGCAAAACCCAGAUUUCCCGUUCCAACGGUGCACACUUAGUUCCGGAGAAUAAAGAACAAAGUAUUCGUUCUCAGCUCUUUGCGGGAAAUAAGACCCAACGCUUGCAUCCCAUGCAAUAUUUUCCAAGCAAUGUGACUCCGGGACAAGGUAUUCUGUACAGGUGCUUUCAAGAACCAGAGCAGCAGCAGCCACAAGCUGCAGCUCCCCAGGUAUAUACAAGCAGAAACCAGGACACGUCUACACUGCAGGCUGCGCAGCUGGUGCAGCAGAGAUACUUGACACAGAACCAAGCCAAGGUUCUCCCUGUGCCCGAGCAGGCACAGAACGCAACGCAGACCCCUCCCCAGAAGGACAUUCAGAAGCACGCGGCACUGAGGUGGCACCUCUUACACAGGCACGAGCAGCAGCAAGCGAAGCAGUCCCAGGCAGAGCCUUGCCAUGGCCAGAUGAACAGGCCGAUUAAGCUAGAACCUGGGUCCAAGCCCCCUGCCUGUAUGCGCCCUGUGUCCGUGCAGCAAGAUCCCAAAACAUGGAAGAAGCAAACCAAGCAAGAGGUUCCCGCCUUGAGCUGUGACCACGCGCGGCCCAAGAGCAUCCUUGAGACCAUGGAGCAGCAUCUGAAGCAGUUUCAGGUCAAAUCAUUGUUUGACCAUAAGGCCCUGUCGCUCAAAUCACAGAAACAAAUAAAAGUUGAGACGUCAGGGCCCCUCACGGUGCUAUCCAGACAAGCCAGUGCGGCAGAACUCAACAGUCACGCCUCUGCGGCGGAGCCGCAGACAACUCCUUCUGAAAAGACCCCGACCAAAAGAACAGCUGGCUCUGUUCUCAAUACUUUCUUAGAGUCACCUUCCAAAUUACUAGAUCCCUCUAUAAAGAAUUUAUUGGAUGCACCCGCCAAAACACAGUAUGAUUUCCCAUCGUGCCGAUGCGUAGAGCAAAUUAUUGAAAAAGAUGAAGGUCCUUUUUAUACCCAUCUAGGAGCAGGUCCUAAUGUGGCAGCUAUUAGAGAAAUCAUGGAAGAAAGGUUUGGACAGAAGGGUAAAGCUAUUAGGAUUGAAAGAGUCAUCUAUACUGGUAAAGAAGGCAAAAGUUCUCAGGGAUGUCCUAUUGCUAAAUGGGUGAUCCGCAGGAGCUCGCCCGAGGAGAAGCUGCUGUGCCUAGUGCGGGAGCGCGCGGGCCACGUGUGUUCGGCGGCUGUGAUCGUGGUGCUGAUCCUGGUGUGGGAGGGGAUCCCGCUGCCCCUGGCCGACCAGCUGUACACUGAGCUCAAGGAGACGCUGCGCAAGUCCGGCACGCUCACCAACCGGCGCUGCGCCCUCAACGAGGAGAGAACGUGUGCCUGCCAGGGGCUGGACCCAGAGACCUGCGGUGCCUCCUUCUCUUUUGGCUGUUCAUGGAGCAUGUACUAUAACGGGUGUAAGUUUGCCAGAAGCAAGGUCCCAAGGAAGUUUAAGCUGCAUGGAGAUGACCCAAAAGAGGAAGAGAAAUUAGAGUCUCACUUGCAAAACCUGGCCACUCUUAUCGCGCCAAUAUACAAGAAACUUGCACCCGAUGCCUACAAUAAUCAGGUGGAGUACGAACACAGAGCCCCCGAGUGCCGCCUGGGGCUGAAGGAGGGCCGCCCGUUCUCAGGGGUCACAGCGUGCUUGGACUUCUGCGCCCAUGCCCACAGGGACCUGCACAACAUGCACAAUGGCAGCACGCUGGUGUGCACGCUCACGAGAGAAGACAAUCGAGACAUGGGAAGCACGCCCGAGGACGAGCAGCUGCACGUGCUGCCUCUGUAUAAGAUCUCCGACGUGGAUGAGUUUGGGAGUGUGGAGGCUCAGGAGGAGAAGAAGCGAAGCGGCGCCAUUCAGGUGCUGAGCUCCUUCCGGCGGAAGGUCAGGAUGUUGGCAGAGCCGGCCAAGACCUGCAGACAGAGGAAACUGGAGGCCAGGAAAGCAGCCGCGGAGAAGCUGUCCUCGCUGGACAACAGCUCCAAUAAGACCGAGAAGGAGAAGGCAGCCUCUCUGCGGGCAAAACAGGUGGAGCCUGGGGGCCAGGCCAAACCGCUGACAGAACUGCGACCUUCAGGACCAGCCACACAGCAGCCCCCUCCACAGCCCCCACUGCAGAGGCCGCAGCCACAGACAACUCCCCAGGCCCCCCAGGCUCCCCAGGCCCCCCAGACACCGCAGCAAACCUUGCCUGGGAACCCCCAGGCCGAGUCCAUUGGCACCUACUCCUCUGCACCCCCCGGCCUAUACAUGAGACGACCCAACCCCAUCAGCCCUUACCCAAGCUCUUCCCACGCGGCAGACGUGUACAGAGGCACCAGCCCCAUGGGCCUCUAUUCCUCCUCAUCCCAAGCUGCAGGUUCAUAUUUGAGUUCUGCUAAUCCCGUGAGCGCCUACCCUGGGCUCAUGAAUCAGAAUAACCAAUAUCCAGCCUAUCAGCACAACGGGACCGUGUCCAUGGACAACUACCCUUCCUAUCUGGGCUCUUACUCUUCCCAGCCUCCGCCAGUGGAUCUGUACAGGUACCCAAGCCAAGACCAUCUGGCUAAGCUAAACCUCCCGCCCAUCCACAGCCUCUACCAGCAGAGGUUGGGAAACACCCAGAGUUUCCCCUCCAAGUACUUGGGCUAUGGGACCCCGACCAUGCAGGGCGAUGCCUUCAACACCUGUGCCGUGAGACCCGGAGUCCACCAUGUAGGGCCCUUUCCUUCUUACACCACCCAUGAGCUGGACAGCCACUUCAUGGGCACCGCCUCCAGAUGUCCGCCCAGCCUGGGCCAUCCCAAGGUGGACUAUAAGAAUGGCGAGCACCACCCGGCUGCCCCCCUGCUCCCUAACUACAGCGUGGCGGCGGGCAACAUCAGCAGCUCCCUGCACGCCCUGCACCUGCAGAACAAAGAGAACGCCGGGCUUCCGCACACCACCAACGGGCUGCCUAGGAUACCCACCGGGUGCCCUCUGGACAGGCCCCCGUCCGUCCAGGGGCUGCUACAGAAGCUCAGCGAGGCCAACCCGCAGGAAAAGCAGCCAGAGACACCCUCACAGGGGUCGGCGCCCGAGGACAACGACGAGGUGUGGUCGGACAGUGAGCACAGCUUCCUGGACCCUGACAUCGGUGGCGUGGCCGUGGCCCCCACGCACGGCUCCCUCCUCAUCGAGUGCGCCAAGCGUGAGCUCCACGCCACCACGCCCUUGAACAACCCCGACAGGACCGACCCCACUAGGAUCUCACUCGUCUUCUACCAGCACAAGAGCAUGAACGAGCCCAAGCACGGCCUGGCGCUCUGGGAGGCCAAGAUGGCAGAGAAGGCCCGGGAGAAGGAGGAGGAAUGUGAGAAGUACGGGCCCGACUACGUGGCCCAGAAAGCCCACGGCAAGAAGGUGAAGCGGGAGCCCACUGAGCCGCACGAGCCGCACGAGCCCACCUACCUGCGCUUCAUCAGGUCCCUGGGCGAGAAGACCAGCUCGGUGACCACCGACUCCACGGUCACCACGGCCCCGUACGCCUUCACGCGGGUCACUGGGCCAUACAACAGGUACAUCUGAGGGCGGCCCUGGCUGCGGUCUCAGGGGGACACGGUGGGGUCGGGUCGCAGUCUCACGGGGAAGCCUCGCUCACCAACAAGAGAGCACACUCAUCCUUCCCUAGCACUUAGAUCCGCUGACCCGUCUGCAGGAGGCAUCAGGAAAAAGACCAAAGCAUUCUAUGCAAGAAGAACAAAGCGAGGGGUGGGAGGGUGCCCCACAAUUUACAUUUUUAAACACUGGUUCUAUUAUCGGGCGAGAUGCUAUGUAAAUGUGAUUCCUCCCCCCCUAACCCCCCCCACACACAGCUCUACACAUCUGUGACCACUUUUAAUAAUACCAAGUUUGCAUAGUCAUGGAACACAAGUCAAGUACUGUAGUAUUACAGUUGCAGGAAUCUUAAAAUACCAUCUGGUGCUGAAUCUAUGAUAUACUGAAAUACUGGAAUUAUGGUUUUUAACAUGCAGUUUUUACUGUAAUCUUAAUAUUAACUUUUAUUUAUCAAAAUAGCUACAGGAAGCAAACAUGAAUAGCAACAAAACACUGAAUUUGUUUGGGUGUUCUACGAAAUGGUGCUAAGAAAAUGGUGUCUUUCAUAGCGAAAAAUUUAAUGCCUUUUUAUGAUUGAGAUGCUACCAAUGUACUCCAGUACCCCAGAAGGAAAGGGGUGCCUUUUCGUUCAAGUUUUUAUCCUGAAUUACCUGUUCUUACAUAAGUUUAGUUUUAAAAAUGUGGACAUUUUAAAGGCCUCUGGAUUGUGCUCAUCCAGUGACGUCCUGGAGGACAAUAAACAUGUAUGUACAUCUAUACACCCACCUUUGUACAUGUGCACAUACAGGUAUAUAUAAAUAUUUUAAAUGGUGUUUUAGAAGCACUUUGCCUACCUAAGCUUUGGCAACUUGAACAAUGCUAAGGUACUCAGACGUUUAAAAAUAAAAGUUUACUUUCAUUUGAAGAUGACAAUUUUUUCUAAAGGAAACAAAGCUUUUAAAACAUUUUUGCUUUUGGUCCCACGUCUGUUGAUGAGCAAUGGUGUUCAUUAUUAACACAGCCAGUUAAAUCCGAAAUGAGGCAUACAGGAUUCAAGGGAUUGUGUCAGUCCACAAAACAUGUUUUCUGGUGCUCACCUCAUGUGCUAUACUGUAAAACAGUUUUCUACAAAGUUGUGAGACAAGUUCAUUGCUCAGACAUGUCAGCUAUAAGAACUUCCUGUUAGACACAGGUCAUAAUGAGCUGCAUACUCCGCUUGGCAGAGCCUGUCCACUUGAGCCUACGCUAUGGCAGGGUUCUGUAUGCUGCUCAGAAGCUAAAUGGCCUUUGCCUUUGUGUUGAUAGCUCUGUACCUUGGGAUAUUAUCAUGUCUUAGCUUAAGUGUCCUCCUUACCAGGAAGAUUGGGUGGACUGAUUCUGGCAAAAAGAUGAAUAAACAGGGUUAGUUCUGUGUGUGUCUGUUGGUUAAAAAGAAAUAAAUAAAAAUAAAAUAAAAUAAAAUAAAACAGGCAGCUGGUUUGCUGUAGUGGUUUUAAAUCAUUAAUUUGUAUAAAGAAGUGCAAGAGUUGUAUAGUAAAUUAAAUUGUAAACAAAACUUUUUUAACGCAAUGCUUUAGUAUUUUAGUACUGUAAAAUAAAUAUAUACAUAUAUAUGGAAUUGAAUUCAAACUCACAUCAUGAUGGUGCUACUCAGCCUGCUACAAUUAUAUCAAAAUGUGAGCUGAAAAUUCAUGAAAGGGUUGAGUGAUAUUUCUACUUGCCAUAUACCUCAACACUAGUUUGGCAAUAGGAUUUUGAACCAAGAGUGAAAGCUUAUAGCGUUGUGUACCAUCAUUUUUUUUCCAAGUCUUUUUAUAAUUAUUAAAAAAAAAUACCUUUUUUUUUCAGUACUUGAUUCUUAGCAAGUAUAACUUGAACUUCGACCUUUUUGUUCUAAAAAAUCAGGGAUAUUUCAGCUCCCCUCAUUCAUGCCAACACGUCACCUGUGUUUGUGUAAAACUGUUGUAGUUAAUAAGUACAUUCUUUUUCAGGGAUUUGGCCCUCUUUAUUUUGAAUCCCUCCUAUUUUACUUGUACUGAUGUAAGUAAGACUGAUUUUUGUAAAUCUGUUGGCUGUUAAUUGUAAAGAAACGCGUGGAGACUCUUUUGACUAUUUCAAGGAGGAAAAAUAUUACAUGAACAUAGAAUGCACUGAGCUGAUAAAGGGAAAAGUGUAAGCUAGGAGUUUAGGAAGUAGCUGUUGGCCAGAGUAUCGAAACUCUCCGUAACGCCUUUCUGACCGGAUGGUCAAUACAGACAAAUACUUCACGAGGACUUCCGUAAGCGGGCCUGACGCUGAGGCACGGGGUCCAAUCAGACUGUACAAUUUCAUUUAGCACUAAGUACAUUUUUGCUUACUAGCUUUUCACAUAAAUUCUCAAUCAGUGAAAACUCUUGGGUUUUAUUGGUUAAAUUUUUAAUCAUUGCAGACUUUGGGUUUUAUCGGUUAAAUCUUUAAAUCAGUGGAGGCCUUUCAUUUCUAGUGGUCAAAUCUUUAUAAGAUGAUCUUUGUCUUUUAAAAAGCUCUCAAGUUUUUGGCUGUGUCCAAUUUAUAAGCAUUUUUAAGCCAUUUGCUUUGCAUCCAAAUCAAAUGCAAAUUGUUGUACUGUUUUCCAUAAACUAUGGUCUAACCCGGAGCACUGCGCGUGCGUUGGUGAUGUCGAGUCAGCCAUCUGCUGAAUAUUUGUGACUGUGUGAUCCACUGUCAUUUUCAAACUGCUGGCCAACAAGAGCAGGAGUGUAGUUUGGGUAGGUGGGAAGAGGUUAGGUAGGAAGGGAAGAAGUUGAGUGUCGUAUUGUAAAUACCAGACCUAUAACUGUACAUAUCUAGCCUGCCUCAGAAUGAAUGGAAAGCCCAUCUGCAGUUUGCUUAUAUAGGAAUCAGGUUGACUCUAUGGCCAUACUUGAAGAUGCUUCAGUGGUGGCAACUUUACUUGAAUGAAUUUUUCAUCUUGAUUGAACGCACAGUGACAUACAGUUCACUUCUAAAAGCUAGUGGCUAACUUUGGUAGGAAAUGUUUGCAUUUGGACACUAAGAUAAUGAACUUCUGUGUGCAUUUUCCUAUGCUUUAUUUUUUUUUUUAACUUAGUCUCAUUUCAUUUUCAUGAGAUGUUUGGUUUAUUUGUAAAAUCUGAGGAUGGUUAUAAAUACUGUAAAGUAUUGUAAUGUUUAUGAAUGCAGGUUAUUUGAAAGCUGUUUAUUAUUAUAUCAUUCCUGAUAACGCUAUGUGAGUGUUUUUAAUAAAAUUUAUAUUUAUUUAAUGCAC